CAGGUCUUGGUACUGCUCCUGAACUUGGCCUCUGAGCCAUGGCUUCUCAAAGGCACUCAGGUCCCUCCAGCUAUAAGGUGGGCACCAUGUCUGAGAAGUUCGACUGUCACUAUUGCAGGGACCCCCUGCAGGGGAAAAAGUAUGUGCAGAAAGAUGGCCACCACUGCUGCCUAAAGUGCUUUGACAAGUUCUGCGCCAAUACCUGCGUGGAAUGCCGCAAGCCCAUAAGUGCUGAUGCCAAGGAGGUGCACUAUAAGAAUCGCUACUGGCAUGACAACUGCUUCCGUUGUGCCAAGUGCCUUCACCCCUUGGCCAGUGAGACCUUUGUGUCCAAGGAUGGCAAGAUCCUGUGCAACAAGUGUGCCACUCGGGAGGACUCCCCCAGGUGCAAAGGGUGCUUCAAGGCCAUUGUGGCAGGAGACCAGAACGUGGAGUACAAGGGCACCAUCUGGCAUAAAGACUGCUUCACCUGCAGCAACUGCAAGCAAGUCAUUGGGACCGGAAGCUUCUUCCCUAAAGGGGAGGACUUCUACUGUGUGACUUGCCAUGAGACCAAGUUUGCCAAGCAUUGCGUGAAAUGCAACAAGGCCAUCACAUCUGGAGGAAUCACUUACCAGGAUCAGCCCUGGCAUGCCGAGUGCUUUGUGUGUGUUACCUGCUCUAAGAAGCUGGCUGGGCAGCGUUUCACUGCUGUGGAGGACCAGUAUUACUGCGUGGAUUGCUACAAGAACUUUGUGGCCAAGAAGUGUGCUGGAUGCAAGAACCCCAUCACUGGGUUUGGUAAAGGCUCCAGUGUGGUGGCCUAUGAAGGACAAUCCUGGCACGACUACUGCUUCCACUGCAAAAAAUGCUCCGUGAAUCUGGCCAACAAACGCUUUGUGUUUCAUAAUGAGCAGGUGUAUUGCCCCGACUGUGCCAAAAAGCUGUAACUUGACAGGGGCUCCUGUCCUGUAAAAUGGUAUUUGAACCAUACUUUGUGUCCUUUGCUCACUCCCUCUGCACUAUCCAUAGGGGAAGAGUGAGUUUCCACCUCUUGAAAGUUGCUUUUUCUGUUUUUGCUCCCAUUUUACAGUAUUAAUCAACCAAGGGCACACAAUGAUCAUAUUAGGAUUUAGCAAAGAGCAACCUUGCAGCAAAAAUAAUUUCUGUUGCUGCAAUGGGAAAACAAAAACUUAGAUUGACUCUUCUGCAUGUUUCUCAUAGAACAGAAAAGUGCUAAACAUGUAGCCACUUCGUGAUGUAAGCAAGAAGCAUAGGCGAUAAGGCUCCCACUGACAUGCCUUUGGGGCUCAGCUGGGACCCACAGUCACGUGACUGUUGUGCAAGAGUUGCAGCGGCUGCUCCAACUCACUGUUCACCUUCUUCUGUAGGCAGUGAAAGAACUUGCCAGAAUGCAUGGUCUAAUUUCCUCAUCAAAACUCUGACCUUCCUUCUGUUCUUUUGUGCUUUCACAUAACUAACCCAAAUUUCCAGAAAAUUAACAUUUUGAACUUAGCUGUAAUUCUCAACUGACUUUUCCCCCAUACUAACAUUUGACUCCCCCACGUGGCGUGUUCUCUGAGCAUUCCUGCUUUAAAGCAUGGAAUGCACAGGUGAUUUGGGAAGUCUAAGAAGAGCUGAGAAAAUGAGCCUGUUUCGGAACAAUGUCACAGUGACUACUUCUGGAAGCUUAACAAAACUAACCCUCCUGUCCUUUUAAAUUUUUUUAAAAAUUGUUUUGUUUUAAUGAAUAGUAAGAUAGUUUAUCGGUUUGGAAACUUGCAUGACAAUAUUGGAGCCUCCUCAGACAUCCUGCAGUUUUGAGAUUCAUCAUGUAGAAGUGACGAAAACUCUAGAGGGGUACCUGAGCAGGCACAGGGCUGUCAUCAACAAAAAUACAUUUCAGAACCGUGACAGGUUGAAUUCCUUGUAACUUAGCUGUUGUCUGCUCUUUGUCUGUGUUCAAGAAGACUUCAAAGUCCCCUUUUUUGUGAUUUUAGAACUUUCCCUCCGAGUUUAGCUGAGUCUCGGGGGCGCUGUUGGGGAUUGUCAUCAUCCUUCAAGGGCAGGACUGUUUUCCACCUCCUGCUUCCUUAGAACGCAGGAUUGCCUACUUAACUGUACUCUUCAUUAUGAUAUUGCAUAUAUAAUGAGACAAUAUCAGCAUAAACAUGAAAAUACAUAUUCAUAUAUUACUGUAGGAGUGGUUGUAGAUGCCAACACCUCAUUUCCACAUUUGUCAUUAGCUGUUUCCAUCUAACGUUUCAGUGUAUCCUUACAAAAAUAAAGCAGCAUAGAAGAAA